CGAUGCCAUGCUAACUCCAACGCGCGUUCUCCGCGCAUCCUACUCAUCAACUCUCCGCCUGCCCAAAUCACCGUUCCCGCCCCGUCCACUCCCGGAGAAGACACCGCUCUACUUGCAACGAUGCACUGAUGACCUCUACGCCUGGCAGCGUGCGCGCAAAGCCAAACCUUUCACCCUCCACGAUGGCCCGCCGUACGCCAAUGGCCCAUUACACAUCGGCCACGCCCUAAACAAGAUUACAAAAGACGUCAUAUGUCGCUUCCACGUCUCCCAAGGCAACAAAGUGUCCUACAUCCCCGGCUGGGACUGCCACGGCCUCCCUAUCGAAAUUAAAGCGCUACAAGCCGCGAAGAAGUCCCUAGGCGACACUGAUGCAGUCGCUAUUCGUAGCGCUGCGCGCGAACUUGCUGCUACCACCGUCGAGGCGCAGAAACAUGGGUUUAGAGAAUGGGGCGUUAUGGGCGAUUGGGACAAUGCGUAUAAGACCAUGGAGAAGGGCUUUGAGCUGAGGCAGCUUGAGGUCUUCAAGAAAAUGUGGGAGAAGGGGCUGGUGUACAGGCAGUUCAAGCCUGUUUACUGGAGUCCGAGCUCGAGGACGGCGCUGGCGGAGGCGGAGCUCGAGUAUGAUGAGGGGUAUAAGAGUCUGGCUGCGUUUGUGAGGUUUCCGACGCAGAUCACGAAGGACCUGAUGGCGAAGCUGCAAGACAAGGGUGUAAAGGGCAAUGUCAAUGUGGUCAUUUGGACCACUACACCUUGGACGUUGCCUGCGAAUAAGGCCAUCGCUGUGCAUAGGGAUAUGGAGUACUGCGUUGUCAGGGAUGCAGGAAAAGACAGCGAGCUGACGUUCGUCGCCGCAACAAGAGUGGCAGAGUACGAGAAAGUACUUGAGCGCAAGCUCGAAGUUGUUGUGUCUAGGCUACGGGGAUCAGACCUUGCUGGGAACCUCCAGUACGAGAACCCUUUCCAGAAGGCUAGCGGGCCACAGCCAAUCAUUCACGCAGAUUUUGUGACCGACUCGUCUGGUACUGGACUAGUCCACUUUGCGCCUGGUCACGGAAUGGACGACUACCACGUCUGCCAGGCCAUGGGAAUACCGGCAUUUGCGCCGGUCGACGACGCUGGUACAUUCACAAAAGAUGCUUUCCCCGAACAGCCAGAGCUCCUUGAAGGUCUACCUGUCUCUGACGAGAAGAAGACCGGUACACGAGCCAUCUGCGACUACCUCGAGAAGCAAGGCCUGCUUCGCGCGAAACAGAACUACCGACACAAGUACCCCAUUGAUUGGAGGACGAAACAGCCAGUCAUUGUGAGAGCGACCGAACAGUGGUUCGCUGAUGUUGGCGAUCUCAAAGAUGCUUCAAUGAAAGCUAUUGCUGAUGUGAACUUCCUUCCUGAGACUGGCCGACCACGACUAGAGAGCUUCAUUCAGGGCCGAAGUCAGUGGUGUAUUUCGCGCCAGCGCGCAUGGGGUGUGCCAAUUCCUGCGCUGUACAAGGUUCAAGGCGACUCACUAGAGGCCACUAUGGAUGCGAAAACCAUCGGGCACCUGAUUAACACCAUCAAAGAGCGUGGCAUCGAUGCCUGGUGGACAGAUGCUCCCUCAGAUCCAAUAUGGACACCCUCUCAUCUCGCUGGAACAGGGACAUACGUACGCGGACGCGAUACAAUGGAUGUAUGGUUUGACAGUGGCACAUCCUGGACGCUUCUGCCGCAACUCAAGGACGGUCCGGUCGCAGAUGUCUACCUUGAAGGCACCGAUCAGCAUCGUGGAUGGUUUCAAUCUUCGCUCCUCACCCGCAUUGCCACGCAAGAUUACUCCUCCGGCACUGCACAUGCACCAUACAAGACACUUAUCACACACGGCUUCACACUGGACUCAGACGGUCGCAAAAUGAGCAAGUCAUUAGGCAAUGUCAUUUCACCCUCCCAGAUCAUGAAUGGCGAGCUUCUCCCACCCGUCAAGCGUAAGAAGCAGAAGGGACAAGCUGCACUGCCGUAUCCAACAUACGAUGGUAUGGGCGCUGAUGCACUGCGUCUGUGGGCCACCAGCAGCGACUACAUGCGUGAUGUCACCAUUGGUCAGCCUGUGCUGCAGUCCGUCAACCAGGCUCUACACAAAUACCGAGUGACCUUCAAGUGGCUUCUUGGCGUGCUCUCGUUGCCCUCCUGCCCACCUACUUUCCAAUCAUUCAACGCUCUGCGCGAUGAGCUUCCGACUUCUUCACUCCUAUCCGAUACGUUGGCGCAGCAUAGACUCGCCCAAAUCUCAGCAGACAUACACACAUACUACGCCCGCUAUGAAUUCUUCAAGUCUCUGAGCACGCUGAACAGAUAUAUCGCUGCUGAUCUCAGCGCGUUUUACUUUGAGACCCUCAAGGACCGCAUCUACACCGGUCAUACCUCUGAUUGCGUCACUCUGCAGUCACACCUGGGACUCAUCUUCUACGAGCUCUUGCAAAUCCUCGCCCCGAUCACACCGCUACUCGUCGAAGAGGUGUGGGAUCACGUACCCGCUGCUCUCAAAGAAAAGAGUAUACAUCCAUCACAAGCCGUCUGGACAGCGCUACCCACAACAAAUGCAGCAACGAGUAAAGCCCUGGAUGGCGCACUGGACAGAAUAAACGAGAUCAGCAACGCUGUCAAAGUCGCUCAAGAGCACCUCAGAACGUCGAAGAAGAUCGGCUCUGGCCUCGAAACAGCAGUCACACUCGUCAUGUCGCCUGACGCGAUUUACGAGUUCAACGCCCUUCUACAGUCAUGUGUCCCGCAUGUCGAGCUCGACGUGCGGACCCAACUCUCAGGGCUCUUGGUUGUCAGCGAUUUUGAGAUGAGCGCUACACAUCCGGACAAAGCAGAUGUGUGGGACAGGUCGGCGUGUGAGCCUGUUGUGACCACGAAUGAGGAUAGUGUUCUGGCAGGCGCAAGGGUGAUUGUGCAUCCACCCCGGCUGGAGAAGUGUCCGAGGUGUUGGCGUUUUGCUAAGAAGGCCGAGGAGGAGCUUUGCCAGAGGUGCGAUGAUGUGAUUAAGGAGGUUGUGUAAGAGUAUUUGAUAUGAUUAUAGGAAAGAUAUGCAUGACUGUCAACUUUACCUUUAUGACAAAAAGGCUCCAGCAGGAUCUGACCACCAGUCCACUUCCGUAUACCCAUUGUAAUCAACAUCAAUGUCAACCCAAACAACUUCCAGGCUAUUGGAUCAACCUCAAGGCUCACAGCACGGAGGCGGUGGAUCAUGCCGCACAGCAACAUACUCAACAUACUCAGCUACCAUCUCAAGAUCAGGUUCUAGCUCAGUAUCAUUCGCA